UGGGGGCGGAGGCGGGGGGCGGGGAGCCCGAGGGGUGGAAGCCGGCGGCGGCGGCGGCCGAGCGGGGUCAGUUCUCUGUAGUGUUUGCCAAUGUGGGAGCCGUCUGCAAAGUGUCGCGGGCCAGAAGUUUGUGGAGCCGUGAGGGAUACAGAAGUUUGGUCAAUAUUGUUUUAACAUGCUUCAAAUAAAUCAGGAUGAGUCCCUUCCAGUAGCAGGUAAUAGGGAAAGGGGAGCCAGCAAAGAGACAUAGAAACUGUGUCCAAGUCAUUUCUGGGACCAGAGAUGGAAACGGAUUCUUCUGUGGAGAGACUUGCCUUGGCAGCUUCUCUCCAAGAUAAAAUGGCAAAUCCCAAAGAGAAAACUGCAGUGUGUCUGGUAAAUGAGUUAGCCCGUUUCAAUAGAGUCCAGCCCCAGUAUAGACUUCUGAGAGAAAGAGGGCCUGCUCAUGCGAAGAUGUUCUCAGUGCAGCUGAGUCUUGGUGAGCAGACGUGGGAGUCCGAAGGGAGCAGUAUAAAGAAGGCCCAGCAAGCUGUUGCUAAUAAGGCUUUGGCUGAAUCGCCCCUUCCCAAACCAGUGCAGAAACCACCCAGAAGUCAUGUUAAUAAUAACCCAGGUAGUAUAACUCCAACCGUGGAGCUGAAUGGGCUUGCUAUGAAAAGGGGAGAGCCUGCCAUCUACAGGCCGUUAGAUCCAAAGCCCUUCCCAAAUUACAGAGCCAAUUACAACUUUCGGGGCAUGUACAAUCAGAGGUAUCAUUGCCCAAUGCCCAAGAUCUUUUAUGUUCAGCUGACUGUAGGAAAUAAUGAAUUUUUUGGAGAAGGAAAGACUCGGCAAGCUGCUAGACACAAUGCUGCAAUGAAAGCCCUUCAGGCACUGCAGAAUGAACCUAUUCCAGAAAAAUCUCCUCAGAAUGGCGAAUCAGGAAAAGAAAUGGAUGAUGACAAAGAUGCAAAUAAAUCUGAGAUCAGCUUAGUGUUUGAAAUUGCUCUGAAGCGAAAUAUGCCCGUCAGUUUUGAGGUUAUUAAAGAAAGUGGACCACCACAUAUGAAAAGCUUUGUUACUCGGGUGUCAGUGGGAGAGUUCUCUGCAGAAGGAGAGGGAAACAGCAAAAAACUCUCCAAGAAACGUGCUGCAACCACCGUCUUACAGGAGCUUAAGAAACUCCCGCCUCUUCCUGUGGUUGAAAAACCAAAACUGUUUUUUAAAAAACGCCCUAAAACAAUAGUAAAGGCUGGACCAGAAUAUGGUCAAGGAAUGAACCCCAUUAGCCGCCUGGCUCAAAUUCAACAGGCCAAAAAGGAGAAGGAGCCAGAUUACGUUUUGCUUUCAGAGAGAGGAAUGCCUCGACGUCGGGAAUUUGUGAUGCAGGUCAAGGUAGGCAAUGAAGUUGCUACUGGAACAGGACCUAAUAAAAAGAUAGCCAAAAAAAAUGCUGCAGAAGCAAUGCUGUUACAACUUGGUUAUAAAGCAUCCACGACCCUCCAGGAUCAACUUGACAAGACAGGGGAAAACAAAGGAUGGAGUGGUCCAAAGGCUGGGUUUCCUGAACCAACCAAUAACACUCCAAAAGGAAUUCUUCAUUUGUCUCCUGAUGUUUAUCAAGAAAUGGAAGCCAGCCGCCACAAAGUAAUCUCUGGCACUACCCUAGGCUAUUUGUCACCCAAAGAUAUGAACCAACCCUCAAGCUCUUUCUUCAGUAUAUCUCCCACUUCGAAUAGUUCAGCUACAAUUGCCAGGGAACUCCUUAUGAAUGGAACGCCUCCUACAGCUGAAGCCAUAGGUUUAAAAGGAAGUUCUCCUACUCCCCCUUGUUCUCCAGUACAACCUUCAAAACAACUGGAAUAUUUAGCAAGGAUUCAAGGCUUUCAGGUUCACUACUGUGAUAGACAAAGUGGCAAAGAGUGUGUGACCUGUCUGACAUUAGCCCCUGUGCAGAUGACUUUCCAUGCUAUUGGAAGCUCCAUUGAAGCCAGCCAUGACCAGGCAGCUUUAAGUGCCUUGAAACAAUUUUCUGAACAAGGACUGGAUCCAAUGGAAGGGGCAAUGAAUAUUGAAAAAGGUUCUCUUGAAAAACAAGCCCAGCAUCUGGGAGAGAAAGCGGACAAUAACCAGACACACCCGGGCCCCAUCGCUCAGGACUGCAAGAAAUCAAAGCCGGUCAUCUAGCAGCUCCCAGAACCAGGGCUGCCACCGCAUCCUUAUAAACCUGUCAGCACGCAUGAGGGUGUCUGUGUUCAAGGAAAUGAAUGACUAAUACCAUUAUUUGAGUCUUAUGUGAAGACAACACUAUUCUAACACAAGAGAUAAUAUACAUAGUACUGUUUGUUCAACCGGGGAAAACUAAAACUUUGAGCGUUUCCCUUGGAACUCGAGAUCAGAUCAUAACUCAUUUGCCCAGAGGCAGCGGAAAUCUGAUCCUGCUACUGGCGCUUAAAAUAACAAUUAAGGAAAAGUGUUAGAAACAGAGGUAAAAUUUUUAAAUGAUUAAUAGAGAAAUUGGGUUUGGUUCUGUUAUGAUUGUUUUGUCGUGGCACUUGUGUUCAGUUAUAUUCUCUCUCUCUCUCGUUUUAAAUAAUGCUUGACGAUUCAAAACUUAACCACUGACGUGCUGUGGAAUGUGAUGGUUGUUGUCUUCAUAUAGAGUCACACAGUGUCUCUUUUUAUGCAGAUAUUUGUAAUCUUCAUCCUGUAUCAAUAUGAAUAACUUUAAGGCGCACUACUCAAAGACAUAUGCAAACAAACAUGGUUUACAUCAGGUCAGAUAUUUGAUUAAAAAGAUGAAAUAAUGUUAGGCACAACUAGUUUCAGUGUACUCCAGGAAUUAAAAGACAAAAACAAAAACCACUUGUGGGUUUUGAUCUCCAUAAUGCUAUUAGCCACUAAGAAGGCGUCUUGCCUCUCUCUACACACCAUUUCUCUGCGUUCCACGGUCUGUUGUGGAAAUCACACCCACCCCAUCCGUGUGUUGUAGCCACUCACUGUCGCAUCAAGAGUGUUUUCAGUAACUGCCUCUGGACUUGGGACAGUGAGUAGGGUCAAAAUACAUACUGUACAUGGCGGGGAAGGGAAAGCCUGUUGGAGGAGCCGGGAGAGCCUUGCCAGCUUUUCUCCAGCCACGCUCUGGACCAGCAUGUUGGAAUCCAGCGUGUAGCAAAUGCAGUAAAAAUUUGGUUGCUUUCUGUGUGAA